GACUGCAAUUCACACACACACACACACACACACACUCUCACACACAAACACACACUUAUAUACACAAUUGCUGCGCACACAUACACUCCUGAUUUUUCUACCUUCCCUCACUGCCAUUCGGACCAAAUCGGUUGAUUUCUUGAUUUGUUGUGAGGACAUGGCGGGCCUCCUGUGUGGGACCAAGAGGAAGCAACAAGUGAGUGAUCUCCAUGAGGAGGGAAAGAAUGCCAUCAAUGCCCCCUUGCUUCCCUCAGGCACAGACAUCCAUCCAGAAGAUACACUGCUGGAGGAAAAUGCUGAGAGGAUCAUGUUGGACCCAACAUCAAGGGAAAAUCCUAAAUUUAAAGAUCUCUUAAAGGUCCUGAUCGACUGGAUCAACAGUGAGUUGGAGGAAGAGAGGAUCAUAGUCAAGGACCUAGAGGAGGACUGUUAUGAUGGACAAGUACUCCAGAAGUUAUUUGAAAAGUUGUCAGGCAGAAAGCUGAACGUGGCGGAGGUGACGCAGUCAGAAAUUGGCCAGAAACAGAAGCUUCAGACGGUGUUAGAAGCUGUCAACGAUGUGCUGAGGCCUCAUGGCUGGACCGUUGAGUGGAGUGUAGACUCUAUCCACUCAAAGAACCUGGUGGCUAUCAUCUAUCUUUUGGUGGCUCUCGCUAUGCACUUCCAGGCCCCAAUCAGGCUGCCCGAGCACGUCUCCGUACAGGUGGUGGUGGUCAAGAAACGAGAAGGCAUCCUACAGACAGCUCUAAUGACCAAGGAGCUGACGAGCACCACAGAAAUGAUGAUGGGAAGAUUUGAGAGAGAUGCAUUUGACACUUUGUUGGAUCAUGCACCUGACAAGCUUAACGUGGUAAAAACGUCACUCAUCACCUUUGUGAACAAACACCUAAACAAGCUGAAUCUGGAAGUUACUGAGCUGGAAUCUCAGUUUGCUGAUGGAGUUUACCUGAUUUUACUGAUGGGGCUGCUGGAAGACUAUUUUGUCCCACUGUAUAACUUCUUCCUCACGCCUGAGAGUUUUGAGCAGAAGGUCCACAAUGUGGCAUUUGCCUUUGAGCUGAUGCAGGAAGGAGGCCUAAAGAAACCCAAAGCCAGACCAGAAGAUGUCGUCAACCUGAACCUGAAGUCCACCCUCAGAGUCCUUUACAAUCUAUUCACCAACUACAAAACCUCUGCAUGAGCUUUUCCUGUCUUUAACGCCUGGCAUUACCCUGAACACUGCCCUGUGCCUGCACUGAUAUUAUACAUUACAGUCUGGACACUGUAGGAGACCAACUGGGACUGAAAGUCAUCAUUAUGUGGGACUUAAAAAGCCCCAGGGGGUCUAGCCAGAAAAAAGGCUCUGAACGCUAGUAUUUAAUCUUCCCCAAAUGUCAGUAUUUAUUUUUCCCUCCUCGAAUGUUAACUGCAACCCAGGAAACUCUGCAACCUUUAGCCCUGCAUUUGAAUACAUAGCAAUCACGGGGAAAUGUUAAAACUGGAAAACGUUUGUGUGUCAUACUGAACUCAUUACGCUCCGUCGUAGAUUAUUAUAAAAAAUUAUAAAAUGCUGUAAUAUAUUAUCAAGUGUCUUAGAAUGCUUUUCAUAAAUAUGAAUGUAAUCAUUAGCUAUUUUCUUUGAAAAAAAUUUGAUGAGUAUAUCGGAAAUUUUCGUGUCCAUAAAAUCCAGAAAAAUUACACAUUUUCUGUUUAACCUUCACAAAAAAAGUUUUAUGUAGAAAGUUUGGUCUGUGAGGUUUAGGAGAAAGGUUUCAAGUUGACAACAUAUUGUCAUUUAAGGCUAAAUAUAGAACACCCUAUAAUAAAAUACACCGAAACUGAGAAAAUUACCUAAAAAUGAAGAAAAUACAUCCAUGGUGCCUUUGAAUAACCUUUAUUUAAUCCAUUAUUUGUUCUUGUAUAAAGUACAAAUAAAAAUUUGUCAUUAAACAAUACAGCAUACUGUAAUUAUAUAUAAAUUAUAUUUUGUUUUGAAUAUUUGCAGUCUGUAGAUGAUAAAACUUUACAAUUAAAUAGCUCAAAUUGUUAGAAUCCAA